AUGGCGCGCUCGCAGAAAUCCGAAGAGAAAAAUUCUGCCAAAGAGGUAAAGGAAAGCUCCAAAAAGGAAAAAAAGGAUUCAAAGAAGAAAGAGGCCAAAGAAAAAGCUCCACAGUUCUCGACUGCCGUCACAGUCAUUAAUCGUGGAGAGGUCCCAAAGGGAACCACCUUUUCCAACGAAGAUGUCAAAACGCUUUCCCACCCACCGACCAAGAAAUCAGAAAAGGGAUUAAAACCGACAUCGGCAAAAAUUUUUUCGGGUAAAAUCGAAUUCAAAGAGAAAAUCAUCGCCGGAAAUCGGAACAAAAAACUUCUCAAUUACAAAUCAAUUAAAAUGCUGCAGCAGUUAACUUCUGACAACCGCUUGGUUUUUGUGCAUUACGAAAAUGAGAAAAACGGUUACUUUUUCGUCCUUGGUGUGUCUGAAGCCAACCACGCGGUAGCUUUUAUGAACACAGUGAAAAAAGCCAAUAUUAAUGCGGAUAUUCGAUGGGCAGACGAGGCUUCCAACAGCCACAGUGACCGAAGGGAUUCUAGUGCGACCUAUGAGUACGCCGUGACACAAUCCACAUCACAAAGGACUCCCGAAGUGUCUAAACCUAUAGUCCUCCAAGGUUCUUCUCCUGAUAAAAAAAAUCGAAAUGGAACUAAAACUGUAAACUCGUACAUUUGCAAUGGCUCUGAUUCCGAUGAUGAUAAUGAUGAAACGAUAUACUCAAGGCAGACUCCUGGAGAUUCAAGUGAUCACGCCGACAAAGUUCACGCAACUGCAUUUCAUGGCAGAAGUACUGAUUCAGGCGACGAAAUUGCUUUUGACCAUGGACCCCGGUCAUUUUCCAAUAAAAUAGUGACCAGAUAUAUUUACACGGGGCCAAGUGACGAGGAGGAUUCAAUUACCGGAAGCGUCCUUCAAGAAAAGCCCAAACACAAAAAAUCCAGCCGACCCAACCACCAGCAUUACAUUUUGGAAGAUGACUACAGUGCUUCCAUGACACCAACGACCUCGGACUUAUCUGAUGGUGAUUACUACUCUAAUAACGGAUUUGGAAUUUUGAAAGUACGCUCCGAGAAGACGCCUUUACACCGAAAGGCUAGCUCUAGUCGAAGGUCACCUCGCCAACUAAAGUCGAGAGAGCUGCCUCUCUCUGAAGCGGAGAGCAAGAAAGGCGGGUGGCAUUGCGAUUUCGUUGUUGUCACACCCACAAAGGACGGAGGUGCAAAGGUCUCGCCUGAUGGGUCCGUAAUGCUCUACGUCGCAACGCGUGCAAACGUUCGUAAAGGCUCCAGUAGUUCUUCUGAUGAAGACAGCACCUCGGACGGAGAAAGCAAUUUCUCGUACACGUCGAACUCAACACUCACACUCGAGGGUACUGCAAGAAAUCGGGCAAUAAACGGUCUGGAAGUAAAUUAUGGUAAUGGCCUACGGUAA